ACAUAGCUACAAGCUCUUUGACAAUCCAGCCAGUUGGGUUUCUCUGCUUUGUUCAGAUGUCAGUCGGCCAAAAUUCCAUUUCAUCGUAUGAAAACAUUUCAGAACAUUGUAUUAAAUACACAAAUAUCGACAAAUUUCAAACGUACGUUCUUACUUUUCUGCAGUUCUUUUCGGUUCAGAUUUGUAGUUUUAUAAAUACACGCAAAGAUAACCAUUGGAUUCCAUCAAAGUUGGUACGAUUUGUGGCGAGUCAAAGUGAAUUCAAUUGGAUUGGCUUGUUCAUUGAUCGCGCCUUAUUGGGAGCAGCCAUCGGCCCACAAUUGUCAGUCUGGAUCUGGGUCUGGGACUUGAUCUGGGCACGGUUUCAUCGGCUACCACUUCCACUUCCAGAUCCAGCACCCACGUACAUCCACUGACGCCUCCUGGCCACAAUCGUUCGCCUGUUGCUGCUGUGUGUUUUGUGUUUACUUGCUGCCAACUCGCAUGACUCACCGGAGAGUCUGAGCCGGGUCUGCGGUAACCAAACACUUCGAGCCAAGCUCGGUCGCGUCACCACCUUGGCCGGAGCCCACACACGAACAUCGCAUCGAAUCGCACCGAAUUCAACCGACUCAAAUUGAAUACACCCUAUUUGGCGAUGGCGUCAAUGGGUUCCGGAGAGAUGAAGACCUCGAGGCUAGCGCAAAUGCAGAUGCGCUUUCAGCAGCGGACCCAGCAGGAGCAGGAGGUGCGUCGGCGGGAACUAAUGGGCACGAAGACGAGUGGCGAGCACUUGGCCACUGCUGCGCCCAGUGCCGCCUCCACCAGGCUGAUUGGCAAUGGAAAGGUGCGCCAGAUGUUCGACGAGCGUCGCCGAGGAGCGGGCAUAGACCGCAGCAAUCCUCUCAAGCCGAUCGGAGCACUGACCUCGCCGAUCGCCCCAGCGAAAGCCCGCCCCCCGCAACCGAUGCAGCGGCUCAUCAAGGGCGUGACCGACAUGAGCCUCGGGGAGCCGCCUCAAGGAGCCGCCGGCAGGCGCGUUACCAGCGACAGCAACAACAACAACAAGUACGCCACCCCAAGGAGUGUGAACCGCAGCCUGAAACCUGUGGUCACCCGGAAGACGCCGCCUGCCCCUGCCUCCGUGUCCACGCCACCGCGCAGUCCCAAGAUGCCGACUUCCAGUCGGUUGACCGGAGGAACCACCUCGCAAGUCAAUCGCCUGUCGCCGCCAACGAUUCGACGGUCGGAGCCUAAAUCGCCAGUUAAAAAGGUUAACAUGGACAACAACACAACGACGGCCCCGGAGGGCACCGCCCUGUGCCGAUUCUGCGGACGCCACUUCAACACGGAUCGGCUGCAGAAGCACGAGGCGGUGUGCCAGCGCAUGGUGAGCACCAAGCGUAAGGUCUUCGAUGCCUCCAAGCAGCGCAUCGUGGGCACCGACGCCGAGAAGUUCGGCAAGAAGUCAAAGGGCAGAAGCUCGCAAUCGACGUACAGCAGUGCUGCCCAGCAGAAGGGUCUGACCACCGGGGUCAAGAAGAGCAACUGGCGCAAGCAGCACGAGGAGUUCAUCCAGUCGAUACGGGCCGCCAAGCAGGUUCAAUUGCACUUGGCGCGCGGCGGCAAGCUGAGCGAUCUGCCGCCACCGCCGCCAUCGGAGAAUCCCGACUACAUCCAGUGUCCGCACUGCAGCCGUCGAUUCAACCAACAGGCCGCCGAGCGGCACAUCCCCAAGUGCGCCAACAUGGUGCACAAUAAGCCCCGGAACGGUCCCCCGCCGAAGAAGCGCUAGUGGUUAGUGGGAAUCCGGUAAUCGGUAAUCGGUAAUAGCUGAUCUCUGGUUGAUAACAGUGAACAUGCCCAUACUUUUACUUGUGAUAAAGAAGUUUGAUGAUUGGAACGAA